AUGAACGCGAUUUAUUACCUGUGUUGCAUCCUUCUCCUGGCCCAUCUCCACGAUCGAGCCUUUGGAAUGAAAAAAUUUACCGGCGGAGAAAUCACCAAGGGCGAUUUCAGCGAAGCCUUUCAGCGACCUCUCCUAGAAAGCCAGCUACAGACUCCCGAGGAAAAGCCCCGUCGUGCUAAAGGAAUUUUGGGAAAUUUGUUCAAGGGGAAACAAAAAGGUCAAACGAGCUCGGAGAAACCAAUUGUACACGAAGAGACUGAAGAGCGUCUCAUGGCGCGUUGGGUAGGCACGAUUUACCUUCCAAGCUAUUGCAAAAUGUUCCUAGGUGGUACGGUCCCAGGUAACCACCCACCAGUAUCUUUUACAGAGCUUGCUAGAAACAUCGAGCCAGUUCGUGAACUGCAGAGAAAACGUCAAUCGGCAGACUCAGGUACUAUGGCCACGCUAGCGAACGACGUGGUAAAUCAUAUGAUCGAGCUGAAAGGAGAGAACAAUGACGAGCUAGCCCAGAUUGCGACCUGUGCCAAAGCACUUUACAAACUGAAUUUGGAAAAAGGGCACCGAAAACCCCUCUACGAUAAGCUGGAUACCUAUAUUCGUUCUCAAGGCCUUGCAGACGACCGAAUCAAACUUUUAUUGGGAUAUCUCCUGUUGGAGCUACGCUAG